CACAUGCCCUUCCAAGAUUGCAACACAUGUCCACUCAAAGCUACUUUAAUUCAGACCUUUAAAGAAAAUUGAACAGAUCUGAAUGGAAUGGAUGUCCAAUUGAAUGGCCUAUCUUCAAAGUGAACUGCAGGUUCCACGAAGGAACAUAUGCUGGAAGCAAACGGGUUUGACUGUAAGAAACGAAGAGUGGAAGAGUCAUUUGCGCUUCCAUUCCCUUCAUCAAAUCUUGUCGCCUUCAAUGGCCGCUCCCCUGUCUUGCAUAUUGAUGGAGUGUGCUAAGGCGAUUGAAGGUGGUCGCUUGGAUGUUGCAGAUUCACUUUUGGCAGUAAUUCAAUCUCUAGCUCCAAAAGAGGAGAGCAUAUGGAGGAGGAAAGUUGUCAAAUACUUUGCUGAGGCUCUUGUCCGGCGAGCCUAUGAAAUUCGUCCUCCAUGUACUUUACCCUUGCUACCUUUGCUAUGCAAACCGGACAAAUACAUGUAUGCUGCUUUCUACGAGUUUGCUACAAUCACCAGUAAACAUGCCAUUGCUGAUGCCUUGAAUUCGGGAUAUAAACGACUCCACAUUAUUGACUUCUCCAUCCUGUUCGAUUUUUGGCAGUGGCAUUUUUUUAUUGAAGAGCUCAAAAGGCAGUAUGGUGGCCUACAAUCAGUCCUAAUAACCAGUAUCACGCCGAAAAUGUCAAAACACACUGACUAUCUCCGUCAAAACCGGAAAUGGGCUGAACACUCAAAUAUGCAAUUGAGGCAAUUGAUAUGCAAUAGUCCGGAUGAUAUUGUCAAUUGUAUUUCCAAACUCAGAAGGAAAAGUGAGGAUGAGAUGCUGGUUGUGAAUUGGAAUUUUACACUCCACAAAUUGCUUGCACAAGAUGGGGCAAUGGAGCAAGUUCUUUCAAAAGUGAAGGAUUUGGGAGCGGACAUCAUGGUAAUUGUUGAGCAAGAAGCCAAUCUUAACAGCCCAGAUCUUUCGGAGCGGCUCGAACAAUCAUUCCAAUACUACUACCAUGUUUUUAAGUCACUGGUGGAAACGUUUGAGCCAGCGCUCUGGGAGAAGCAUUUCAGGCGACAGAUUGGGAAUGUGGUGGCAUGUGAGGGCGUUGACCGGGUCGAGCGGAUUGAGUCAUUUGCUCAGUGGCAAAAUCGCCUAUCUCAGGCUGGGUUCUGUGCAGUUCCCCAAAAGGCACACAAGUUCAAUAAAGAGUUUGUAAUCGAAGAGAAGGAUGGGCAUAUCCUGCUACGUGGGAACCGUUUUCCGGUAGCUGUAGCCUCAGUUUGGAAGGUCACUGAUCCACCUCAAUUCAGUGGCGGUGAAUAA